CUGACUGCAUUACACAGCCAACAACACCUUCAAUCCCCUCAUACAUCAAUCACCGUGGCUUCUCAACAGUCCUCCGCCGACGAGGCUGAGACGGAGUAUCUGCCCUACCCAGCAACCAAGCUGAUCAUCGGCCAGUACUGGCACUGCUCCAGGGACCCUCCAUUCUGGGGCUGGCUCAUCGUCGGCACCUUUUACGACCAGCACAACAACCCCGUCUGGAGCACCGAGAUCUUUGCUUUCCAGCGUGACACGCGCGGUGACGACACAGAAUCAUCGUCCGUCGUCUCUUCUGACUCGGAUUCUUCUUCCGAACAAGACUUGGCUUCACAAUUCUCGAAUAGCCUCAGCUUUGACGAAACGAAUAACUUUACAACCCCAACGAAUCGGACUCACCAACACCCUCACUACAACCGCUUGUGGGACCCGUCAGUCGCUGGACCUGUCCCCGGCAGUUGGAUCACCGCAUACGAUCCGCACCUCGGCAACUGGGUGAACACCUGGCAACCAAACCACCACCACUUCUAA